AUGUUGCGAUUUAAAAGGUACGCUACGACCUAUGCGCAGAGACAGGUGUUGCGAAAGUACCCCGUUGGGGCAUCGAUUCAUGGUUAUGACAUAGAGCGAGUUAUGCCAGUCCCUGAGCUAAAACUGACUGCUGUUCACCUGAUCCAUGGACAUACGGGCGCUGAGCAUUUGCACAUUGAUCGUGAUGACAGAAAUAAUGUUUUUAGUAUUGGAUUCAAGACUAAUCCUCCAGAUUGCACCGGUGUACCGCAUAUUUUGGAGCAUACUACGUUAUGUGGUUCCUACAAAUACCCUGUGCGUGAUCCUUUCUUCAAGAUGUUAAAUAGAUCAUUGGCUAAUUUCAUGAAUGCGAUGACUGGUCCAGAUUAUACUUUCUUUCCCUUCUCUACAACGAAUAAGACCGAUUUUGCAAAUUUGAGAAGCGUUUAUUUGAGUUCUACAUUGAAUCCUCUGUUGAAACCUGAGGAUUUUUACCAGGAAGGCUGGAGACUAGAACAUAUGAAUGUGGAGGACCAAAAUAGUGAUAUUGUGUUCAAGGGUGUUGUGUAUAAUGAGAUGAAGGGACAAGUGUCGAAUGCCAAUUAUUACUUCUGGAUUAAGUUCCAAGAAUCUAUUUAUCCAUCGUUGAACAAUUCUGGUGGUGAUCCACAGUAUAUCACGGACCUUCAUUAUAAUGAGCUUGUGGAUUUCCACCAAACAAACUACCAUCCUUCUAACGCCAAAACUUUUACUUAUGGGGACUUGCCUUUGGAAGAUACUUUGAAGACUUUGAGUAAAGAAUUUGCAGGAUAUGGGAAGAGAAAGAGUUCCAAAAAGGCACUCUUUCCCAUUGAGAUGAACCAGGAUGUGGAAGUGAAUGUCAAGGGUCAAGUUGACCCUAUGUUACCUUCUGACAAGCAGUUGAAAACUUCUAUGACCUGGUUAUGUGGAUCUCCACAGGACAUGUACGAGAGUUUUUUGCUCAAGGUAUUGGGAAGUAUAUUGAUGGAUGGUCACUCUUCUAUUGUUUACCAAAAGUUGGUUGAAUCGGGAAUUGGUCUUGAUUUGUCAGUCAACGCUGGUGUCGAUUCAUCGACUUCGGUCAAUUUCUUGACCAUCGGGUUACAAGGUGUGUCUGACUUGUCAAAAUUCAGAGAAACAGUCAAUGAGAUUUUCAAGGAAGUGCUUGCAAAACCAUUUGAUCGUCAAAAGAUUGAAGCUAUUAUCCAGCAGUUGGAGUUGAGUAAGAAAGAUCACAAAUCUGAUUUUGGGUUGCAACUUCUGUAUUCCGUUUUGCCCGGCUGGACAAACAAGGUGGAUCCUUUCGACGGAUUGCAAUUUGAUGAGACAUUACAAAGGUUCCGCGAGGAUUUAGAGGGAAAGGGUGACGCUCUAUUCAAAGAUCUGAUCAGCAAGUAUAUCAUCGACAAACCAUGUUUUAAAUAUUCAAUGCAAGGUUCUGAGGAUUUUUCAACUGUUUUGGAAGAGGAGGAAAAGACUCGCCUGAAUAAAAAACUACACCAACUGAACGAGAGUGAUAAAGAUGUCAUCUACAAACGUGGUCUUCUACUACAAGAGAAGCAAAACUCUGUAGAAGAUUUAUCUUGCCUACCUAGUUUGAAGAUAAGUGACAUACCACGUACCGGUUCUAACUACAAAGUCAACGGACAAAACACCAGCACUAUGAGUCGCAUCACCGAUACUAAUGGGAUUACAUAUAUUAGGGCAAAGAGAAAGUUAAGUGAGGCCAUCCCAUUGGAUUUGUAUCCUUACUUGCCAUUGUUCGCUGAUUCUUUGACAAGCUUGGGUACUUCAACACAGGAUUAUAGUGAGAUUGAGGAUGCUAUGAAACUACACACCGGUGGCAUCUCCACCCACAUUGACGUUUCUUCUGACCCGCUGACUUUGGAACCACACUUGUAUUUCAGAUUCGAUGGGUGGUCUCUAAACUCAAAGACAGAUCAUAUUUUUAGCAUUUGGAAAAAAUUGUUAGUGGAGACCGAUUUCCGCAAACAUAGCGAGAAGCUUAAGGUUCUAAUCAGAUCGCUUGCUUCUUCCAACACGUCUGCCGUCGCAGAGUCAGGACAUACUUUUGCGCGAGACUACGCUGCUGCUCAUUACAGCAACAGUAAGGCCAUCAGUGAAAGCCUAAAUGGUGUUCAACAAUUACAAUUAAUUACAAAAUUGGCUAAUUCAAUGGAUGACGAAGAGGCUUUCCAAACCAACCUAGUGGACAAAUUGAUCGAAUUAAAGGAGCGGAUUAUUGGAUCUCAAGAUCUUCAGUUCUUCAUUACCACAGAUUCUCAACCACUUGCUGAUGAGGUCAAGUCGCAAAUCUCUCGAUUUGUUCAAGAGAUGCCUCAAAGAACCACAAAGGGAGGCCUCGAUGUAUCGAAGUUCCCCCUAUUACCACUGUCAGAGACCAAUACUCUCAUUGAUUUUCCAUUUCAAGUUCAUUAUGCCGGUAAGUCACUUCCAGGUGUUCCAUAUACCCAUCCGGAUGGCGCUCCUUUACAAGUGUUAGCCAACAUCUUGACAUUCAAGUACUUGCACCGUGAGGUGAGAGAGAAAGGUGGGGCCUAUGGCGGUGGGGCUGGUUACAGUGCGCUAGACGGUCUCUUCAAUUUCUUCUCCUACAGAGACCCACAUCCACUACAAUCUCUGCAAACCUUUGACAAGAGCGGUUCAUACGUUCUGAACAACGCCAGAUGGGGCAAGGGAGAACUUGACGAGGCAAAGAUGACUAUUUUCCAACAAGUCGACGCACCAAUUAGCAGGAAGAGUGAAGGUGUCACCCAUUUCUACUCAGGUGUUACUGACGAAAUGAGACAAAAGAGGAGAGAGCAACUCCUUGAUGUAUCGCUAUCAGAUGUCCAUAGAGUUACAGAGAAAUAUUUGCUCGAUCAAACGGGCGCCAAUGCAGUGAUUGGACCGGUGAUUGAGGGCAAGACAAUACCACCAAAAUGGCAAAUCAAGAGCCUAUAA